AUGGGGGAUCAAAACAAAGUAUUAUGCCGUCCCAUUUUCCGUCGGGACGUGAGCUGGGAUCCUUUCCCUAACUGGACACAGCCAAGCCGCAUCUUUGAGCAGGAUUUUGGCCUUCCUCCUUUUCUGGAUUCGAGUGAUCUUAACUGGCUAGACUGGGCUAAAAGGAGACUUUCGUCUUUCUCCUGGCCAGGGUAUGCAUAUUCUCCUCUUCUCAGCCCCUUCAAUGGCCACCCCCAUGCAGUGUCUAGUCAAAGAAUGCAGAGACAGCUGUCCAGUGGCGUGUCAGAGAUCAGAACAGGGCCUGACAGCUGGAAGGUAAAUCUAGAUGCCAACCACUUCUCGCCUGAAGAGAUCACAAUCACAGUGAAGGAGGGCUACCUGGAAAUAUCAGGUAAUCACGAAGAAAGGCAUGAUGAACAUGGAUCAGUUUCAAGAUGUUUCACUCGGAAAUAUAAGCUGCCACAGGGUGUGGACCUGCAACACAUCAGCUCUUCACUCUCUGCUGAAGGGGUUUUGUCUGUGGAAGCUCCUGUUGCAGGAGCGACGACCAAACAAUCGACCAAUGAAAUUGCCAUCCCUAUCCAGAUUAGGCAAACGCAGGAUGGUGAGAACUGAAAACAGCGAGCAGUUCCUGUCUUAUCUUCACAGACCACAACCUAACAGCACUGUGUUUAAGGUUUUGUACAGCACAGCUUUGCACUAUAAUGUAACUAGAAUUAGACUAGCGUCUUACAAAAUGUGAACCAUUGUAAUAGCAAGUUUAUCUUAUGUCUACCGGGCACCAUUUCACAUUGUAAUGGAUUGUUGUCAUUAGUAUUUAAAGAUUAUUUGGGUCAAUUAUAUUAGCAUUUCAAGUUAGCAUGUUUAUGGCGAAGCACAUGAGGCUCAACCAGAAAAACACAUAACUGAAUCAUGAAACAAGUUGUUUGUAAACAUUAAUGAAAGCUAUGGCUAUUCAAAUAGCAAUACAGAGAUGUAUUUUACCAUGUGUUCACAUGUGUCAAACGUCUUUAUUACUAAGAAAAACAGAGUUUUUGAUGUUGAAUUGUGCGAUGAAUUAAUGUGAUAUUAUUGAAAGUAAUUUGAUCUUGUUCUAAGUCUCAUACGCUUAUUUGAGAUAUGGCUAGUAAAAUGGUCUUAUUCCACUGGCAGGUAGUAUUGCUUGUUUCAAGA